GAAGCGGAGUGUCGUAGAAGAAGAAAACCUCUACUGCCUUUGCGCCUGAGUUGCAUUUUGUGAAUGAGAAGGCGCUGAUUUGGUGUCCAAAAUGAUGUCGUUUCUUCCCAAAGUGCUUCUCGUGGUGCUGUUGGCUUUCCCGGCGUACGUCGUCUUCACAGGGCGGCCGGUGGGCGCCGAGGAUCUGACGGAGGACGAGGAGGCGACUGAGACGGAGGAAGACGUCGUGGAUGACGUGACGGAGGAAGACGUCGUGGACGACGUGACGGCUGACGACGAAGACGACGAAGCCGAAGUGGAAGACGACGAGCGCACGGAAAUCACUGAAGGAAAGGAGGACGACGAGGAUGAGGAGACGUCGGUCGGCGAGGUGAAGGCGUCUCCUAACGCGGACACCGCCAUCCUGUUCGUCAAAGGAGAAGACUUCCCGGCCAACGACAUCGUCAAGUUCCUGCUGGGCUUCACCAACAAAGGUUCCGAGGACUUCAUGGUGGACUCGCUGGACGCUUCGUUCCGAUACCCGCAGGACUAUCAGUUCUACAUCCAGAACUUCACGGCGCUGCAGCUCGGCACGGCAGUGCCGCCCGGGCGCCAGGCCACCUUCGAGUACUCCUUCAUCCCGGCCGAGCCCAUGGGGGGGCGCCCUUUCGGCCUGGUCAUCAACCUCAACUACAAGGACGCCGACGGGAACGUCUUCCAGGACGCCGUCUUCAACCAGACGGUCACCGUCACUGAGAGGGAGGACGGACUCGACGGGGAGACCAUCUUCAUGUACGUCUUCCUGUCCGGCCUCGGCCUGCUCUUCGUCGUCGGCCUCCAUCAGCUGCUCGAGUCCAGAAAGAGGCGUCGUCCAGCCCCGAAAGUGGAAAUGGGAACUUCGAGUCACAGCGAUGUCGAUCUCAGCUGGAUCCCGCAAGAAACUCUCAACCAGAUCAACAAAGCGUCGCCCAGGAGGUCUCCACGCAAACGGAACCAGAAGCGCUCGGCGGGUUCUGACGAGUGACGGCACGAGGAUGACUGCCCAGGACGACAACUGCCAGUGCCAAUUUGAUGGACUUUUUAUUUUUAUUUUUUCCUCCCCUCCCAAGAAAAACUUUUUCACGCGCUGAACUCUCUUCUCACAGAUUGAACAGGGCGCUUGUGUUGACACUGAUGAUGAUUUUGAUUGUAAUGACAUUGAACUGCUGAUGCCGAUGUAGUGAGGAGCUGAAAGUAGGCUUGCAAAAUUCUGGAAGUUUUCCAUGGCAAUUACUUAAUGGGAGUUUAGGGGAAUAAACCAGAAAAUUACAUAACUGAAACAGGGGAACUUGAGUAUAGUUAAGGAAAAUGUUUUAGCAUAAUCCUGACUUAAACAACCAGAUUUCAUGCACGUACAGUAGCACCUUGACUCCAGUCAAGUUAAAAAAAAAAAAAAAAAAAGUUGGUGUCAUUAUGAUAAAACAAAACUGUUAUAGUUAUGAUUGAAUACAUUAGCUUUCCUUUAAAUAGCCUCAAUUAACAUGAAUUCCCAUGGAAAAGUUCCCAUUUGCAAUAUUUCCAAAAUUCCUCCAGUUUAAAUGAGUGAAAAUUUACUGGAAGUGUCCAGCUCUCCACUAAAGUGUCAAUCAAAAGCAAAAAAGUUUUCGUUGUGGGUCAUGUUUGUGUGACGCACUGACGACUCGAAACAAGUUGAAGCUGUCGCAUUUGUUUACUGUCGCGCAAAGGAGCAAAAUGUCAGCUAAUUUAUUGGUGACAUUUUUUUGUGGGCGUUUGUUAGUUUUACCACUAGGGGCCGGCGCACUGGGGAGAUUCAUGUGUUUCGUGGCGAAUGAGUGCAGAAUUGAACUUUGACCUUUGUUUAAGGGCUACGGUUAUUGAUUUUUGCUUUUUAAUGUUCUCCAAAUCAACUUUUAUUUGCACUUGUGCGUUGCUUCAUUAGUUGUGUGAAUUAUUACAGUUAAGUUUUGCCAA